AUGGCGCACCCGGGCUUGUCUUCGCCUGGUGGGACCAGUUUCGACGCAGAGAGCGCCCAGGAAGCGGUCAAAACAACCUUCCAGAAGCUGGCGGAUGGGCUGGAUGUGCUCAAGAUCCUCGACGACACAGCGGCGAACUGGACGGCGGUGCAGCGGCUGAUUUCGUCGCACAAAACGCUCGUGGACCAGAUCAUCGUCGCGAUAGGCCAUACCGCCGAGGAAGCGGGGCGGCGUGGCCGCGAGGCAGACAUGAGCCGGCGCGACAACGAGCAGCUGCGAGCCGAGGUCGCCGAGCUCUCCGAGAGCAACGCGGCGCUCACGGCGGAGCUGCGCAACGUGCGUGGGGCGCAGGGCGCGGCCGAGGCGCGCUGCGAGCAGCUGGAGCGCGACCGCGUCGCUGCGGACGCGCGUGCGGAGGCCGCGACGCGCGAGGCCGCGUUGGCGCAGGACUCGCUGCACCAGGCGCGGUCGCGCGUGGCGGAGCUGGAGCGGGACGUGGCGGUGGCGGCGGAGCGCGCGAGCGCGAUGACGCAGCGCAUCCGCACGGUCGAGGAGGAGGCGCGGCGGCUGCGCGCGGCCGAGGCGGAGGCGAGCCAGCGGCUGCGCGGCACGGAGGCGGAGCUGAACGCCAAGCUGGACGCGGCGCGCAUCGACGGGGAGCGCAAGGGCGCGGAGGUGGCGGACCUGCGCGCGGAGCAGACGAGGCUGAAGAUGCAGGUGGAGGGGCUGCAGCGGGAGGCGACGGGCAUGCAGGGCGAGAUGGAGGCGGUCAAGGCAGCGCUGACGGAGGCGAACGCGCGGCGGGAGCGGGCGCAGGAGCAGGCCGCGGGGCUCGAGCGCGACGUGUCGGACCUCCGUAUCGAGCUGCGCGAGCAGGAGCGGCAGAACGAGGGCCUGCUGGACCAGGCGCAGCGGCUGCGCACGGACGUGCACCUGCGGCAGGCGGAGCUGCGCAGCGCGAAGCAGUCGCUGCGGGAGGGCGCGGCGCGACAGGCGGACCUCGAGGCGCGCAUGCGCGAGCGCGAGCGCCACGCUGGCGCGCUGAUCGGCGAGAUCAGCGUGCUGAAGGUGAAGCUGGCGAAGAUGGACGCGGCGAAGCAGAUCGGGCGGGAGCGCGCGGAGAUGCGCGCGAGCGAGGCCGAGCGGGCCCGCGCCGACAUGGAGCGCGCGCUGCAGGUCGAGCGCGCCAAGGCGGCCACGCUCGCCAAGGAGCUCACACGGCUCGAGGCGGCGGUGGCGGCGGGGCCCGUCGCGCAGGAGCAGAUGGCCGAGGAGAUCCACGCGCUGCGGCGGGCGCUCGCGGAGCAGGCCGCGGCGGCGCAGAAGCGGCACGACGCGGCCAAGGCCAGCGUGGAGCGCCCUGCGCCGCUGCCCAAGGCGAGCAGCCUGAAGGCGCUCGCGUCGCACGACCGGGGCGGCGCGGUCGCGACGCUGCGCGCGAAGGCGCCGUCGCAGCCUGCGGGGGCGCCCGCGUGGGACCACGGCCCGGCGAUCGACGUGAUGCGGAAGCGGCUGGCUGCGCUGGAUGCAGCGGCGGGGGCGCAGGGGCAGGAGGGCGGCGCGGGGGCCAAGCCGGCUGUGCGCGGGGCGCGCGGCCCGGCGGAGGCGGCGGUGCGGCGCGGGAGGGGCGAUGGGGCGGACGGCCGGGGUGACGCGCGCGAGGUCGCUGGGGGCGCGCGGCGGAGCAUCACCGAGUCGAUUCCGGAGGAGGAGGAGGUGGCAGGUGCGGGCGGGGAGGAGAUGGGGCGGAUAGAGGUGUCGCAUGCGCGGGCGCUGCACGUGGUGCACUCGGACCCCAACCGGCACAUUCGGUGGGCGCCGGGCGUCACGGGGGGGUCUCUGAGCUCGAUGGAGAGUCCCCGGGCGCAGCAAAGAGGCUUGCGUGGCGACCCGUUCAACUUGAACGUCGCAGCGAGGUAG